AUGUCGCAAUCACAAUUCAAAUUCGCCAACUCCGACGCCAAAGUCCCAGGCGACGGUGCCCCUCCCCCGGAGUUUACCAUCAAGGCCCCAGCCUCGACAGAUAUCUGGGCCAAACCGCCCUCCACAAUCCGUUUCUCGGCUCCAAUCUUGUACCAGUCUAUCCCGCUGGGUUCAUUCAAACGGGCUCGUGUUGCCUUCAACGCGCCCUGGGAGAAGCAAUAUGACCAGGGUGGUCUGAUCAUUGUCCUCAAUAUCGCUGAUGGGGGCCAGAAGUGGGUGAAGUGUGGUAUUGAACUCACCCACGGCAAGCCCCACCUUGGCGUUGUCGCCAAAGACAACUGGGCAGACUGGAGCUUACUGCCGGUACCUUCAGGUGGCGGUGCGGCUACCCUUGAGCUGGCUCGAGAAAAAGACAACAGCCUGUGGAUUUAUCUUGUUGAGGGUUUGGAGAAGUCGCCUAUUCGGGAAGUCACUUGGGUCUUUGAGCAGGAAAAUGUUAAGGACUUCUGGGUCGGUUUCUAUGCUGCUCGGCCGUCAGAUGAGGGUGGAGAGCUGCCUGUUCAUUUCGGCCAUUUGGUUAUAGAUCAGGAAUAA